AAGCCCUGGUUCAAGAUGAGAUGAAAACAGAGGGUUACAAAUUCCUUGGAAUCGCUCUAACCCUAACCCAUUCUGAUUCAUCUCGCAUUUAGUCUUUGCAUCUCCGUCGCAUUCAAAAUCGAAAAUCCCUUUGCGGUCACACAUCGUAGAAGCUCUGGCAGUGCCUUCCGUUUGGUGUUAAAGUUCUCGCACAGGUGCGAGAAGAUGGCUGAUUGUGAUGAUGAACACGUUAAUCGAAUUGGCGACUUACCGAUGAAUGUGAUUGUUAGCAUCCUACAACGCCUGCCCUUCCAAGACUUAGUGAAGACCAGUGUACUGGCAAGGGCAUGGAGGUAUAUGUGGUCGUCGACCCCACGGCGUGAAUUUAGAGAUGACUUUUUUGAGAAGUGUAACCAUCUUGGAUACCUUGAAACUUCCGCCAUUAUUACGGAAGCUCUUCUUCUCCACACCGGCCCCAUACACGUCUUUGCUGUCAUCCCUCCUCCGCACUAUCCUAUCAAAUUAGAAUGCCUCAACAAGUGGAUUCUGUUUUUGUCGAGGAAAGGGGUUAAAUAUAUUGGGCUUGCGAGUGAACAAGAAGAUCCCUAUUGAAUGCCAACUCAUAUUUUCUCUUGUAGGGACUUGAUUUACCUUUUACUUAAUAAUUUUAGAUUCUCAGUUGCAGCUACUUUCCGUGGCUUUCCAAGUAUGAUUGAACUUCACUUAUUUGGCAUUAUAUUUGAGUCAGGUGCACUUGAGAGUCUUAUAUCUGGUUGUCCCUUACUUACGAACCUCCAGCUUUCUUACUGUUCUGGUUUUGAACAUAUUGAUGUCUCUGCUCCUUUUCUCCAAUUCCUAAUGAUAGAAGGUGAUGAGGUUAUCAAGUCAAUUUGUUUGAAGGAACCACAUGAUUUGAUUCUUAUCCAACUCUUUGCUGAUGGUCCUGGGGAUAACAUUGAUAGAGCUUGGGUAGCUGAUCUGUUGGAAGACUCGCCGAAUGUUGAGAGGUUAUUUUUGGGAACAAGUUACAUUAAGAUUUUGUCUGCAGGCUUCUAUCCGCAAGUGGAGCUUAGAGCUAUAAAAUAUCUGGAAUUGGAUGGUGUGGAUUUCAAUGAAGCAAGAGAACUUUUGUUAACUAUUUGUUUAUUACAUGGAAGUUCUUCUAACCUAGAGACAUUUACUAUAAAGUGCAAUAGCAUGGCAGUGGAGCUACAACAGAUUUUGGAUGUGUUUGACUAUAGUAACUGUUACUUUAAUCUGCUUCAAGAUGUGAAAAUCACAGUUAAAACUUCCUAUAAGCCUGCACUUGAUUUGAUACGGCUUGUGCUUGCAAGAUCACCGGCAUUGAAGAUCCUUACUUUCAGGGUUGGUCUUGGUCUAAAUCGAUCAGAUGCAUCUGUAUUGUUAAGUAUUUCAUGUGAUUUGUUGCAAAUGGAUCGAGCAUCACCUAGAGCAAAAGUUAAAUUCCUUUAUGAUGACCUUAGUGAAUAGUGCUGCAUUUGAUUUUUGCCUUCAAAGCCCUGACUUCUUUUGUUUUAAUGUUUUUAUUUUUCCUAGGGUUUUCCUUGGUAGGCAUUGCACCAAUCUUUUUAAACAAUAGAUUUAGGCUUUUUCUUCUUACACCCAACAUUUGUUCUUAUACACCCAACAUUUAGGGUGAAAAACCAAAAGCACCCUUACGUAUAACCUAUACGGAUUGUCAAUCUGUAAGGUCACUACGGAUUCACAAUUUGUAAGACCAUUAUGAAUUCGCAAUUCGUAAGGCCAUGGACCUUCGCAACAAGGUUGGCGGUGACAAAGGACGUGUGCGGCAUGAGGGGGAGGUGCUCGUGUGAGAUGAAGGAGGAGUGAAGGGACCUCGUGUGACGAUGAAGGAGGUAGUAGUGACCUCACACGAAGGAGGUUGGCGGUGACACGACCAGAGGGAGGGUGAUGGCCAUGAAGGAGGUGGCGGUGCUGCGACAUGUAAAAGGUUGGAGCAAAGGGCGAUGGUAGUGUUGUGGCGUGGCGGAGGUGGCGUAGCGGAGUUGAUGAGGAGGUGCGAAAAGUAAUGGUCUUAUGAAUUUGCCGUUACGGAUUACGAAUCCGUAGAUUAACAAGCCGUAUGAUUCUUUCAUAUGGAUUUGCAAUCUGUAUGUUUUUAAGGGGUAAUUUUGAAAAAAUGAAAAAUUAUUGGGUGUAUCAAAAAAUGUUGGGUGUGCUAAAUAAUUCCCAAGAUUGGAACUUGUGACUCCAUCCACCAAAAUAGUUUUAUAGCCACUUUAAA